AUGAACGUCAUCAUCUUCUGCGUACGCUCAAUUGGCAACCGACGACUGCUGGCAGCUGACAAGACGAGAAGAUGCCGGACGGAUGAUGGUCAGGAUGCGGCGGGUGGCAAACACGACUGCGAAUAUCAAACAGCAGCUCCUCUUCCUCUAUCAUUUACCGUUAGACCAUGCUCGAAGGCCUCCAGCUACAAACAGCUCAACUCUUCUGCUUUCAACAACUCCACCGUCAUUAAUGAAAACAACAAAUUCUACAAUGAAUACACAAAAAACAAUCCAAAACCAUACAUUAACAAAAACGUUGUCAGAGACACCGGCUUCAACAUACAUGAUAACAUUAUGACGUCAACAACUAAUGCGAUCAACUUGAAAGACAAACCGGGCGUGCCUCAAUCUCAAACAGCUCACCCACCCGCAAACACGGAGCAAGAUGGAUCAAACACGGAGAAGACGGAUCAAGAAAUCAGACAUCGACACCACAACCGAAACUCACCACCACCUCGUUAUUAUGAAAACUCUAACAACGACAUCGAACAGCAAUGCUUCAUUCUCUCUCAACUCAUCAAUUAUCAAUCACCUUUCGUAGAAGAGGAAAUAAAUUUAUUAAGAAUUAAAGAGGAGGACAAGUCGGUCAAUAAUCUCUCGAUGAUCCUUCCAGGACGCGAUUGCUCGGCGUCCAUUAAUGAGCCACUUGUUGCCGCUGCCAAAAAUUCAUGAAAACACUCAUCAUUCAAAAAAUUGAAAAAUAAAAAAAUGUACAACUGUUCAAUUGUUAUUUAGAGAAUUUAAGAACAAUGUUGAACCUAGCGAGUAAUCUAUAUUUUUAUUCACUAAAAUUUCUGAAUCUAGUGUUUAAAUAUAGCUAAGUGGACGAUUCAAUGUUUUCUUUCUUCUCAAAUAUUUUCUAUGCAUUUAAUAUAAUUUUUAAAAUAACUUAUUUCAAACAUUAUAGUCUUUUCGAGGCACUGUUUAAGAGUCACACUGUCUUCAAAUGAUAUGUUAUAAUUAGAUUUCAAUAAUCUUUGAUGAAAAGAUUUUGAAUAAAAUAUUUCAAGUGGGCAAAAAUUGAUUCAUUAAGCUAGGGGUGGGCAAACUACGGCACAAAUCUAAAAAAAAGUUUUCACCGAUUAGAAAAAAUUUGCUAUUUAAGCCCAUAUGCGGCCCUCAAAAGGUAAAAUAGUUCUCAAUGCGUUUGUAUGAAAAUACAUAGAAUCGUAUUUGUCAAGAGUUUAUAAUUGGCGUUUAAUGUUAAUUACAAAGUUUUUAAAUUUAAAUAUUCAAAGAUGUAGACAUGCAACAAAAUGCCAAAAAGCCAUGUUAAUUAUGGCUGACACUUCCUCGUUAAAAUUGCUCAAAUUUUUGAAUGUUUGAAAACUGAAUGAGUUUGUCAAAAUUGCGUGCUUACCAUCGCAGUUUGGCAAUUCACUGUUUACAAAAGUUUUUCGUGGAAGCUGGCCAUUUGCUACUUUUUAUGUUAACACUGUUUAAUUUUGAGUAAGUUAUUUGAAUAUUUUUUUAAAAUGAAGUCUGAUUCCGUAAAUUUGUAACUGUUUAAAUAGUGCGUUUCUUAAUUAAACAUGUUGCUUUCAUUCUCCAAUUAAAUGUUCCUAUGAAAGUUUAACUCCGUUUAAUAAAUUAUCGUUUGUAUUUUA